UUUUACCUCUUGCAGUUAAACGGAGCGCUGCUGCAGUGGCACUCCACCACUCUGCAUCUCAGCAGAAGUCAAAAAUAAAAGUGUUGCUUUGUCGCAUAUCACUGGAUUAUACUUCUUGUCUCUCCUUCAGAGACAAAAUGAACAUCACCCUGCAGCUUCUCAUGGAAUAGGACCAGCGCGUGCCCUGCCUUCAGCUUUUCUUCAACAUUUAGCUUUGUCUGCACUGUCUGCUGGCCACCGGUCCCAGAGUUGCCCAGCCAUCUAGCAGCAUGGCGGAGUCCCAGCAGCCAGAUCAGCCAACCAGCACACAGCAGGACACUGGAGAUGCUGAGCAUAUCGCUGUGACUUCUCAACCAGCCAGCGUGGAGCAACAAACCCUGUCCCCAGCAACAGAUGCUCCUGAGGAUGAUCAAAGAGAGGAGGGACAAGCAAUGGACCAUCUGGCAGUAACCAGUGACAACAUGGAGACUAGUAAUGGUAUUGGUCCAGUGAUAGUUGACUCUUCACCCACAGCACCCGCUAUUUCACCUCAGCAGCAAGCUAAGCUCAGAAACCAAACUAACGGCCGCCCCCGUUUGGGCAGCCGGUCUGGCUCACUGGCGGCAAGUUCUCCCCGGCCCUCACUCACUCGCCAGCCCAGUGCUAUCAUAGAGGGGCCUGUGGACGGAUCUAAACCGAGGGACUACCUCGUCCUGGCCAUCUUGUCUUGCUUGUGCCCAAUGUGGCCCAUCAACAUCGUAGCCCUCACCUUCUCCGUGAUGUCCCGAAACAGUCUGCAGCAGGGUAAUGUAGACGGAGCUCGCCGUCUGGGUCGUAACGCCAUGAUUCUGUCUGUUGUGUCCAUUUUGGGAGGGAUUGCCAUCAUUGCUGCAGCUAUUGCCUUCAACUGGGGAUGAGGAAUCUAAGCCUUAGUCUUUUCUCUCUCCAGUGAUAUUAAAAUCCUGAUCAAACUGCCUGGAAUAGCGAGACCGACUUCAUGACAACAUGUAAACCAACACAACACCUUCCCCCCGUUCCCAAAGCACUAUCGUUCUCAAGCUCCUGCACCAGAUGAAAAAUAAAUAAAAACUCGUUCCUAUUCUUUGCUGUUGUUUCUUGCUGCACGACAAGCAUGGUCUGCCUGACGCUCUACCUCCGACACAACCAACAAACCAACUCCUGACACCAGUGAUCAGUCUGGACUUAGGAGGAGGAAAGGAUCGAUCACCAGAUACUUUUUUCAUUGUGUGCUAGCAGUUUCUUUCAUUCUCAGACUGCUUUCUCCUGCUAUAUUUCCUCUCAUUGUUGAACAAGUAUAUCUUCUGUCAUGGAAAUGGACAUGUACCACUGUGGGAAUGGGAUCAAACUGAUCUGUAAAUGCAUCUCCAAGCCACAGGUCCCAUAGUGGAGCAAAUUGGAGGAUAUGGUUUUCACUUUUUAAUGCCAAAAAAACAUUAGAAACUUGGUCUAAGCUGAACUGAACCCGGGAGAUGCUGCUGCUGCGAUAGUUCAACAUGAACUGAAGAGGAACUGUCAGUCUUGUUGCUAUGAAGGCAGAAAAGACAAAUGGAGCAAUCUGUGAUGUGAGAAAGCACAGGACUGUUCCAUCAUCCACCAGUUACUGUUCUGUUUAUUGUGCACACAUAAAAACACAGAGGGAGACACGUCAACACUGCUGCUACUCGGCCGUCACAUUAUAGAGACAGAAGCACAGACAUCACGUCUGCUCCACCAUCUUCUCUAACUCAGUACGAGCUCUCAUUCAGCAUUUCUUUCAUCAUUCUUUCUGAGAGUUUUUAGUGUGUUUCUGGAGUUCCUAUUCUAAGACAAAUUGCCACCUGCUUCAUUUGUUAUUAGAACUUUAAACCUGACAAAGUUAAAUCUUUAUUUUGUCCAUAUCUAUACAAAGUUUUCUUCUGAAGUCAUUUUCCCAGUUUUAAAUCAAUCACGGCUUCUAAAAAAACCUCAUCUCACCUAGUGCUCAUCUGUUUUGACAUUCAGCCUGCAAAGAUCCAGGGCUUAUAGGGAAUGCUGUUCAUUAAAGGCCACUAAAAACUGAAACAUUAUAAUAUUAGUUUUUCUAGCAUCAAAUUACCACCAUUGUCCUGACAUACAAAAUGAGCCACACAGCAUAAGCCUUAAGAAAGACUGUUCCCAGGCUGGAUUUGAAGUUGUUAGUAUUGUUACAAAUGUCACUGGGAUUUUGAAUGAAGUUUUCUUACUUCUGGAACAAAUCCUGGAAGUUCUGACUUCACUUUGGCUCUCUACCACUCUAACUGUAAUUACUAGAUGGUGUUUGUUAAAAGCUGCUAAAAGCAGAAUUAUAAACUGAUAUCACAUUGCCGAGGUUUAAGAAGCUGACAUGUAAUCAUGCCACUGUUUGCGAACCUUUGUUGUAUGUCUUCAUUCCUCUUUAGAAAUUAGGGUCAUUUCUUGUCUUCUCUCCACUGUCAACUAUCUUAAACUUAAGUAAGAACUGCCAAGAAAUUUUAAAAUUAUUAUUCUUGUUCUAUUUCUAAUUGUUUAUAUAACUUAUAUAACUUUUGAAAGAGAUCACAAAACAUCACAAAGGUUCUAGUUUCAGCUCUCCAUAACUCCAUGAGCUGUUUUAGAAAGACAGGAUAUAAGUUAGAUCAGUGAUUGUAAAAAAAAAAAGAAAGAAAAGAAGUGAAGUUGUGAUGUUCUAUCAGACAGAAAGAGACUGGGUGAAGCAGAGCAAUAUAAAGUAUGUUGUGUACUGAGUUGUGAUCGUCUGGACGUCUGGGUGCAGUUCUUUGCUUGAUUUCAGCCAAGUCCCUCUGAUUCAGAAAUAUUUAAUUCUUCUUUGUGACCAGAGAAGGUGCAGCAUUUCCAUUUAAUGGACAUAAUCUGAUAAACAGUUUGAUGUGAUUUUUUUUUGUGAUAUCACUGCCUUCAUUUAAUUUAUGCGAUUAAGAUUACGUUUACACAAGAGAUCUUGUCUCUUGAGUGUUCAGGUUCCCACAACAUGAUCUAAUGUGAGACGGAUUUCUUCUGUUUUGUAAGCCUGUUUCUUCAUCUUCAAGGCCAGAAAUGGUUGAGCUUUUUCUUUGAUGUAAAUGGAGACUCACUUGUUAUCACUGUUGAUAAUGUAGCCCGGUCUUUUGUUUUUUUACAAUGCCUGUUGUUUAUGUGAAUCAUUUCAUGAAACUCUGUCUUGGUUUCUUUUACUUUGCAGGUAUGUGGGUAUUUUUAAAUACAGAAAACAUCUAGUUUAGAGUAGUUCCCAUUAAGCUGUGACACAAAUGGGGCAUGUCCACUCUAAGAGUAUGGGAACACCAAACAUCAAGUACAGUCAGUCGAAUUAGUAUCAAUGCUACUGGUGUUACCAAUAAUAACUGAAGCAUGACUAAAGGAUAGGUUCAUACUUUUUCCAAGGCUGUCUUAAAAACAGUAUUCACAUGCCAAUAUGGACAUUAAAACAGUUUUUGCAAAAUGUAUUUCGAAACUGAUCUGAAGCUAAUCACAGUGAUAUCUUCUGCAGUUUUAGUACCAAAUUCCUUCAUUCAUUUUGUUUUCCCUAGCAUUGUUUCCUUGUUCGGAAUUGGGACAAAGAAAAACAGAGGCAGUUUUGCACAAAAUAGACUGUUCUACUUUAAAACAUCACAUCAUUCAACUAAACCUUGUAUUUUUGAAACUUGUCUCCAAACACUUAUAUGCAAUUCAUUUUGAUUUGUGAUUAAGCAGAGCAGUUUGUCUGAGGAAACCUCAUCUACAGCUUGAAACUACUGUAAGUUCCACUACUGCAUUUGGUUAAUUACCAAACCCAAGAUCUGGCAUUUUGUUCUUGUUGAAAGAUGGUCCUGGGCCAGAACUAAUUUCACACAUGCUGGUCUUAGUAAACAUCUUUGUAAAAACUCAGCAGUCGGGCACUUGGUGCAACUCUGGUUAUGAUGUGGCACCACUGAAGGUUUAUUGGCUGAUUAACAGAUUGAUUUUUUUACACUUUCAUAAAACUCAUCUUGACCUUGUCUAGUCAGUGUUCUCUCAGCUUUCAAAGUCUCAGUGUGACGCUGUGCCAAACACCUGAGUGUGUGCCAAUCUGCACAGAUACAGUCCUCUUGCUUUAGCCUGUCUCUGCACACAGAAAAUGUGUCUGUGCUAACAGACACUUUGAGGACAGAUUGUUUUGAGGGGGGGAUCUUUGAGAAUCUCUUGUUAUGGAUCUAAUUCAGCCCUUCAUCUCCUAUAUCCUGUGCAUGUUUACAGUAUUUAUUACAGUAUGCUGUUACAUAUGAAUGUAGCCUCAUUUAGCAGGAGAGCUGAGUAGCACUUUGUAAAUAAACAUAUAAGAAAUUUUGCUCCCAGUAAAGAUAGCCCCUUUUUCCUCUUUGGAUUGUCAUGGAAAUAUAACUGAUCCAUGAUCAAUGUGAAGUUAAACAUGCACACGAACCGUGGGUUUUAUUUUUGAAGAUGCCGCUGCCAUGAAGACUCAGAGGUUUGUUUGAAGGGUCAAAGUAGUGACACCUUUGAACUUUGCACCAGCCAGAUGGUGUCUCCCUGUAAAGCUAAGGUCAGGCUCAGAGGUGGAGGGUCUUUUAAUGCUGCAUUCACGUCAUAUGAGGAGAAUGGUCUCUGGCCAACUAAACAACUUGUGAGCGUUCACUUCAUUAAGGUGAUUCCUUCAGGUGGUUUGGUUUUCCAGUUCCACCAUAUUCUUUAGUUAAAUUGAAGAGUUUCCCUGGUGCAUGCGAUUAUAAUUUAGAUGUUAAUGAAUGUUGUCUACAAGUCAGAAAUACGUAAUCACCAUAGCCCCAGUAUGACGUGAACAUGGCAUAAAGUCACCUCCAUUCUGCCUCCAUUUCCACUCCACCUACUCCUGUACUGUAUGUAGCAUGCCUGCUAACUAAACACAUUAUGCAAAAACAAACAAAAAAAGGGCCCAGCAUGGUGUCAGUAUGAAUGCUAGCUUUCCUGAUUUUUGCUAUAGCAGUGUACUCGUACAGUUUUUUUUAUGGAAUUUGCUUGUGCCACCUCUUAGAGUUACCUACAGUGUUUUCUCAACUAUGGUUUCACUUUAAAGAGUUUACCUGACUGUUGAAUCUCUUGUGCUAUUGUUUGUAUUUUGCUGUGUUGGAUAUUUUCACUGCUAACAUUGUAAUUCUAAUAAUAAUGUGCAGGGUUUUAAUUGUGAACACAAUUCCACAAAUUUAUACAGUCAUCUUAAAUGUAACUGUAAAUACAAUAACUUCUAAAUAUACAGUAUAUACCGUAUAAACAUAAAACUGUCAGGUUGUCUUACAUUAAGAAAUGAAACGUUCUGAGGAAGAUUCAGCAGAGACGUUUUUCAUCUGUAACAGAACGUAAAUGUUCAUGAAGUUACUGUACUGAUGAAAAGAUGGAUAUGUGUUCAGAGUAGUCACUUUUAAUAUAAACUUCAAACAGCCAUUACAAAGUAGGAAACAAAACCAAUCUGUAAUAACUUUUAAUUCAUGGAUUGUGGUAAUGAACGCACAGGCUAAGUAAAUUACAUUGUACAUUGGCUAUUGGGAAAACUUAACUCUCAGUCAGUAAUAAUGAGCAAGCCCCCCCACCCCAAUAUUCCAGCAUGGCAGUAUGUAAAAAAAUAAAUAAAUAAAACCACGCUGCUGUACUCUUUGUUGUUUUGUAAGUAGACAAUGAAGGUCCUGUAUGAACAGGAAUAAUAAAUUAAAUAAGGCUGUUGUAAUCAAAUUACAUUGAUACACCAGCCCAAUAUGGGACUAAUCUAAGUCCAGUAUCAGACUGAUAUACAUGUCGUGUUAAAUAGGAUCAUAUAAAAACAUUUCCUGAAAAUCUUCCUCAGGGCUUCUCAUUUCAAAUAUGCAGUCAAGUGUACAGUACCUGAAGGUACAGAAGCUGUGUUUUGGUUCAUUUGACAUUUCCAACACUUUAAGUGGCUCCUGACAGAAGAAAUUCAAUGUGGUAUUUUCUUUCACUCCUGUUUAGCAUUUUCCUUUUGUAAAUGCCCUUUCAACACCUGAUUACCUGAUCUUUGUAUUUUUUAUAUUUCUAUUCUCAUUCUCUGGAUCUCUUUUGUAUUUACAUGGUAAUCUACUGUUUGUAACGCUCAGUAUAACCUGCUUUCUGCCUUAUUUUAUAUUUUUUAUUUAGCCAGGUGAGGGACAAUCUGUAAGCAUGAGCAGACUGAUAGCCAACUUCAUUAUGUCCUUCUCUUAUUAAUGAAUAGUAUCUGCUGACACCAGACUCUUUUCGUGCCUGUGCAUGCAUGCCUUAAAUCGACUGCUUUAUGAAGCAUUCACAAUGAGUAUGGGUGUACACUAUACAUUUAUCAAAGACACUGUUGAUCUUGACUACUGAUGUUGAGUAUUUGAUUAUGUUUGAAGGGAAUAAAUCCCAGUUAAAUACGA